UGGCUCUCAAAAACAGCAUGCAACUGAAUGUACUGAAAAAGCUGCUUCAGAGCUACUAUGUAGCCUGAGGGAUCAGUUAAAAGGAAAAAAACAGUAUUCAUCUAAUUUACAUAAAAUGUCAAAUUUUAAUUAUAUACAAUAUCAUACAAUAAUUCCUGCAGCCUUUCACAUAAGCAAAGACAAUAAAGAUAAACUUACUUAUAGACACAUUCACACUUGGCCUUGCCUAGUGUAGGGCCUUCAGGGCAGCUGAGAACUUUCAUGUGUAUUUAACAUUGCUAAAGCAGCUACAUAGUCAGUUACAAGCUGUUUUAUUCAUUAACAUUUUACUUUAGAAAGAAAAUAGUUAUAUGGGUGUGCCAUGACCUAGUUUGCUAGGACAAAGAUGGAUUCCAGGAAGAGAAAAAAAUAUUUUAAAAAUAUCAACAGGAUAUGAUCCAACAUUUAAUCUUCAUUCUUCUGAAAUCCUGUACACAGAAACACUGUAAUGUUUCAAAUAGUCCAUGAAGAGAUGAUGAAACCAAGCUUUAGAUCCCUUUAGGAACAAAGGAAACCCAGUUUGGCCAUUGAGUCCACUGUAGUCAACAUGGCUGCGCAAGUGUACAACCCUUUCAGCUCUCUGUUGGAAGACUGACGCUCGUGCCUCUAAUAGCGCACGCUGCCCCGCCGCUGCCGUCUGAUUGGCCAGACGAGGCUCUGCUCCUCACCAGCCAAUUGCCCAACCACCGCAAAAUAUCAAACAAUGUUCGGCAUGGACGUGCCAGCGAGACCCUCGGGUUUACCGAACAAAACAAAAACCGACACUUUAUUUCCGUGUAAAUGGAAGAAUUCUGUGGUGGCAACGAUUCGUUGCAUUUUAAUGGGUAAACUCCUGCUGAACUACGUAGUAGCAUGUCUGCCGGAAUUUCGAUCGUAAAAUCACAUUCGGUAUCUAUGUGCUAAGUACUGGCACAAUGUUUUGUCAUUUAUGACACGGCUUCUUAUUGAAAAACGUGUCCCAAACCAGUCCUUGCUACCCUCUCUAACACUGGACCCAUGUCCAUCUUGUAUUUGGCGUCCACGUAAAUCUAGCAAGCAGAUUCAACGCGUCGUUAAACGUUGUUUAUUUCUUUAAGCGCGAUCACUGGGCAGCCAUUUCAUGACGAAUUAUGCACAUACGAGUUUAUCUAACGUGAUUACACUUUGGCACUAUUCUAAAUGUGUCGUGUAAAGAAAUGCUGUUAUUGAGGCUCCUGGCGAAUGUGCUGCGGGACGGGAGGCUGAGGCGCUAUAGUGGUGUAUUGUGGGAGAGACUGAAAGCCCGUGCAGAGGCACACAAUAUGUGUUGGCUCGCGAAAAGGAGGCAGUAUCUUUAAACCAUGUAAUGUAAGCAGCGAACGCUUACAGAUCUACCCGUGUGUUAUAAAACUACUCGAUCGGACACAAAAUGUCCAGACCUGGGGAAAAAAGCAGGGGAAAUGAAGAUCACGGCAGAAGGCAGAGUUCAAGUCUGGCGAACGGCAUGGAGCACAGUGCGGCGGAGAGGCGAAGUCACCACUGGAGAAGUUACAAGUUGAUGAUUGACCCAGCGCUGAGAAGAGGUCCGCACAAAGUGUAUCGCUACGAUGGCCAGAAUUUCAGCAUGCCCAACUCCGGAGUUCCACCGGUGGACAUCGUCAGAGACCCGAGAAUCGGUCGCCUCUGGACAAAAUACAAGGAGACGGAUCUCCCUGUUCCAAAAUUUAAGAUCGACGAAUGUUACAUCGGUCGUGUUCCUCCAAAGGAGGUCACUUUUGCGAGGUUGAACGACAACAUCAGAGAGGGUUUCCUCACUGAUAUGUGCAAGAAGUAUGGGGACAUAGAAGAGGUGGAAAUAUUGUACAAUCCGAAGAAUAAAAAGCACUUGGGAAUAGCCAAAGUUGUGUUCGGGUCCGUAAGAGCAGCAAAAGAUGCGGUACAGAACCUGCACAACACGUCUGUGAUGGGUAACAUCAUCCACGUGGAGCUCGACCCUAAAGGUGAGAAUCGCCUUCGAUACUUCCAGCGGCUGGUCAACGGCAGCUUCACCCCUCACACAGUACCUGUGGGUGAGGAGGAACUGUGUGAGGUGUCUCCCCACUGUGUUGCCGAGGCUCUGCUGGCCUGCGAACCUUUGCGGAGGUUGUCUGAAGGCAGUUCCUCUGUCGCCGGGGGGACCGUCACCGCUGGGAGCACCAGCACACCCAUGUCCCUGGACACGGCCUACUCUAGCCUGAGGCCGGACACGCCGCAGUCGCAGGGCACACCCCACACGCCCCACACGCCCCACACGCCACGCCCCUCUGGCACCCCCUACUCUCAGGACUCCAGCUAUUCCAGCCGACAGGCCACGCCCGCCUACCACAGCAGCCGUGUAGAGGGGUCAGGGGGGUAUAAGGCCAGGAGGCAUGAAACCAAGUUUCAGGAUGCCUACAACCGACGUCCGGAGAGACACUACGUGCAUGGCACAGGUGGGGGUUUCCGUGGUAACACAGAGCAGCAGACACCCUUCAAACAGCAACAACCGCCCGAGCCCCCCUCCCCUGCUUUCUCCAAUACCCCCCCACCCCCGGUCACGCCGAGCUUCAAGCCUGCCUUCUCUCCCUACCCCACCCCCCUGCCCCCUGCCUACCCCCCCCCUGAGCCCCCGUUCCACCAGCCUCUUCAACGCGAGCUGGACUACAGGAGGACCCCUCAAGCCCCGCCUCCCUCAACCCCUGACCUCCCAGCUGUCAGAGACCGGCCAGAGACGCCCCCGAUCCCAGAGCCGCCCCCUGUUCCAGAGACCCAGCCAGCCACGCCCCCCGCCUGCACACCGGAGCCAUGCCCUUCUCCUGGCACACCCACGUUGGAGGCGGAGCGUAACAGCCUGGACUCGCGAAUCGAGAUGCUCCUGAAGGAGAAACGGACGAAGCUGCCCUUCCUGAACGAGCGUGGAGACUCGGACAACGAGGUGCGAAUGGAGGGCAGCCCCAUCUCUUCCUCUUCCUCUCAGAUGUCCCCCAUCCCUCCCUGUAGCUCCGCCCCUGCCACCGUUGCUCCUUGUCUGCCUCGGCCCUGCAGCACUGGGCUGGAGGACAUCAGUCCCACACCACUGCCCGACUCGGAUUCCGAAGAGUCCAUCCCAGGCACAGCCUCUCUGCUGCUCCAAUCCCAGAGCACCUCGCCCCCAAACACGCACAAGAGCAGCACAGGGGGACCACGCACACCCACCGACAAACUGGACUCGGGCACCCAGUCAUCUGGGGAGGACAUGGAGAUCUCAGACGACGAGCUGCCCAGCACGGCCAUCAGCAGUGGUGACUGUGCCAAAGGCAUUGUUGUAAAUUCGGCUCCGCAGACCAUUACGAUCCCACCGCCUGGGUUCCCUCCUCUGCACCCUCCACAACCCGGUUUCCCUUUACCUCUGCCUCAUCUUCCCCCUCAUUCUGCCGUGCCGGGACCUCCACCUCCGCACAUGGCUGCACCUCACCCCAUGCUGCCGCCGCUGCCCCCUUACCCCCCUGGCAUGGUGCCCGUGGUGCCGCUGGACCUCGUGAGCUGUCUACCCCAGUGGGGCAGUGUGCACAUGUCCUUCCAGAUGCAGACCCAAAUGCUAACCAGAAUUGCACAGAGCCAGAGGCCAUACCCGUACCCGCACUUCAUGGCCGGGGCUGGGGGUGUGACCAGUGCGGGGGCCAUGCCGUUCGGAGGUCCUUACCAGCCCCUGUCUAUGAUUGGCACCCCUGCUGGAGGAAUCGGGCAUGGGCAAACCUGGCCUCUACCCAGCAUGCCAAAGUUCAACCCCACAGUCCCACCGCCUGGUUACGAGCCUCAGAAGGAGGACCCUCACAGAGUCACUGUGGACGGGGUGCUGAUGGUCCUAGUCAAAGAGCUGAAGGCCAUCAUGAAGCGAGACCUCAACCGCAAAAUGGUGGAGAUGGUGGCCUUCAGGGCCUUUGAUGAAUGGUGGGAGAAGAAGGAACGUUCUGCUAAGGCAACCUCUACUCCAGUGAAGCCUGGUGAAGUGAAGGAGGAAGAGAAGGAGCGUGCCAAACCGAAGGAGACGCUGUCGUCCAGUUUACUGGAGACGUGGAGCAAAGGCGAGGGCUGGGCUUACGAUGGCAUAGGCAUGGCGAUCGGCCUGCGCGGCGCCAUUCGGCUGCCUUCAUUCAAGGUGAAGAGGAAAGAACCCCCUGAUCCAACGUCCACUGCAGAUAACAAGAGGGCGCGGCCGUCCACACCCGGAGACGAUGAACUGGAGGAUGAAGGUGAGGAGUCAGAGAAAGGUGACCUACCUGGUGAGGGCACCAGACUGGACACUGAUGCUUGCUCUGCCAAGCGACGGCAUGCCAGGCCUGUGGAGCUGGAUAGUGAAGGAGAGGAAGAGGAGGAAGAGGAGGAGGAAGAGGAGGGUGAGACAUCCUGCAGAGAAGAAUCGUCCCUGUCCGAUCGAGCAGAGGAGCUGGAGCAGGAGGCGUUGGAGAGGCUGUCCUCUGGCAAGGAGGUGGACGAUGACGACGAUGAUGGUGACAGUGAGUCUGAUGCCAGUGGUAGUGUUUCUGACUCGUCUGAUGAAGAAGCUUCCAGUUCCUUGUCGUCCAGCUCAGAUACUUCUGAGUGUGAAAUGUCCUCGGACUACGACUCCAGCUUGGAGGAGGAGCGAGAGGAGGAAGAGGAGGACGAGGUAGCCAUGGACAUGGACGAUGAAGAAAAAGAGGUGGUGCGAACAUCAUCAUCAUCAUCCUCUUCUCCGGCAUCUUCUGAGGAAGACUCUGAGCUCAAGGCUCCUAGCACGCCUGUUGGCCCCCCUCCUGAGGAAGAGUGUGAAGCAACUCGAGACGAAUCAGAAGAAGCGGUGAGCUCCGUUACGGCCGUGAUGAAGGACCUGCUGCCGCCAACGCCCAAAGGACCGCCAGCUGAGGAGCCCAGUGUUGAUUUGGAGGUUUCCUUGACGGAGCAGCGUUUGGAGAGCGCGGGCGUCCUGAGGCCCCCAACCCCGACGGGGUCUCUAGCCGACAGUGACCUGGACGUGCGUCCCAAGAUCCACACCGAGGAGGAGUUUCCCCGGACACCUGGACGUGAUCUCCCUGUCCCCCCUGAGGUGGAGGUCCCAGCCCACAUGUCCUCUGUUCAGCAUCCUCUCCCACCUUGCCACACCCUCCUGCCCCCCCCAGGGCCCCUGCCCGAGCUCUCCGGACGUGCGCGACUCCCGACAGACGAGGACAUCCCCCGCACGCCGGGUCGUGACCUCCUGGAGCACCCACAGGGCCUGGGUAAGUCUCAAAGCACUGAGACGGUGCCCAUCACGCCGGGCAGCGAUACCCCGCUGACAGGUAACAGCUUGGCGCUCAGCUCCCCCCACAUCCCUGGUAGUCCCUUCUCGUACCCCGGGCAGUCCCCGCUCCUGAGCGCUGGCAUCCCCCGGACGCCGGGCAGGGACCUCACCUUCGCCCCAGCAUUCCCAGAUCCCGCCCUCUCCGCCGCCCCGCCCGUCCACAGGAAGGCUUCCUCGGGGAGCCUGGAGGAAAAGCCCGUGUUCAAAGAGCCCGUGCUCAGCUCGUCUCCGCUGGCUCGCCUGCCGGGCAGUGCUGCGUGCCCGUUGCUGCCCGCUGCGCCCUCUCUCCCUGCUGCUUCAGUACCCGAGCUGCCCAUGGCUCCCUGCAGCUCGCCGCCAUCCGCUCCAGAGCCUGCCGUUGCCAGCCUCCCCGCCGAGCACCCCGUCCCACUGAUCCAGCUUCCUGUGCCCUUAGAUGCCACUCCGCUUAAGAGGAAGCCCGGGCGGCCCCGCUCCAACAAGACCGCGGCCGCAAUGCCUCAGGACGUCCUGCAGAGUCCCGCAGAGACGGUCUCGCUGGCGCUGGACGUGCCUGUGCCCGAGCUGUUCUCCGCGCCCUGCCCUGACCCCUUCCCAGAUGCUGGCAAGGGUCCGAACAUGGAAGUGCUGCAGGAAGACACGCUCCAGACGGUUCUCCCUUCCAGCCCCGCCCACAUCGCACACAGCCCCGCCCACGUCCCACCCGGCCCUGUCCACAGCCACCUGCUCUUUGAGGAGCCGCUGCAGAAGACACGGCGGCAGAGGCGGAGCUGGGAGGAGCUUCUCCGCUCUAUGCACUCGCCCGUGAGGUCACCGCCCCUCCCCAGCUACCAGCCCCGCUCGGAGUUUGAGGAGAUGACCAUUCUGUACGACAUCUGGAACGAUGGCAUCGAUGAGGAGGACAUCCAAUACCUGAAAAUCACCUACGACAAGCUGCUAGAGCAGGAGAACGGCAACGACUGGCUGAACGACACUCUCUGGGUGCCCCACCCUCCCACCAGUUGGGGCAGCGUUCCCGGGCUGAAGAGGAAGCGGCGUGAAGAUGGGAUACGGGAUCAUGUGACCGGCUGCGCCCGCAGUGAGGGCUACUACAAGAUCGACAAGAAGGAUAAAGUGAAAUACUUGAACAGCACACGACUGCAGUCAGACGAACCGGACAAAGACACACAGGGGAGGAGUAUUCCCGCACAGCCCCACGCCUCCACCAGAGCAGGGUCGGAGCGCCGGUCUGAGCAGCGCCGCUUGCUGUCGUCCUUCAGCUGUGACAGCGACCUGCUCAAGUUCAACCAGCUGAAGUUCCGGAAGAAGAAGAUCCGUUUCUGUAAGAGUCACAUCCACGACUGGGGCCUUUUCGCCAUGGAGCCCAUCGCCGCCGACGAGAUGGUCAUCGAAUACGUCGGCCAGAAUAUCAGACAGGUGAUUGCGGACAUGCGGGAGAAGCGCUAUGAAGAGGAGGGCAUCGGCAGCAGUUACAUGUUCCGCGUGGAUCACGACACCAUCAUCGACGCCACCAAGUGUGGAAACUUCGCUCGCUUCAUCAACCACAGCUGCAACCCAAACUGUUAUGCCAAGGUCAUCACUGUGGAGUCGCAGAAGAAGAUUGUGAUCUACUCCCGACAGCCCAUCAUGAAUGAGGAGAUCACCUACGACUACAAGUUCCCCAUCGAGGAUGUGAAGAUCCCUUGUCUGUGUGGAGCAGAGAACUGCAGAGGAACCUUAAACUAGCACGUCUCGUCUCAUCUCCCCUCCCCUCCCAUCCCCCGGCCCAGACACCCAGACGCCCGUCCCCUUGCUGCUGGUGAGGGGGUGUGGUCAACUGGUGGGGGGUGUGGUCAGCCUCCCACCCACUGGAGGUAGUGCAGCUAAGUGUCCAGGGCUUUUAUAUAUUAUACACGUGUCAUGAUUGUUUACGAGUUCCAGGUGCUCUUUCAACCACGUCAGUUUUCUACCGUGCUUCCAUUAUGCUUCGUGUGCAGGUAGAAAGGAGCUGUAGCCCCACCCCAGCAAGCGUACGGUCUGGGUAUCUCUGGGUUGGACGCUGCCCCUCUUUCCUGCCUUCCUGUCCCACCCCACCCCCACACCAGUCACUCUGUCUACACGCACAAUUCUGCUCUUGGGCCACACACAUGGCUUUCCCAGGGUGGAGCAUGACUCGUGCUGGGGUCGU